AUAUAAAAAAUUAAUCAAAUGAGUAAUAAAAUUAUAAAUCUGCUGUUUUUCAAUAAUCCACAGCAAUUCAAACAGAGUCCUAAAAAAUUAAACUAGAAGAAGUAUUGUUUUUCUGUACUUUUCUCAAAAAAAAAAAAAAAAGAAGGUAAAAAGUAUACUUUUGAUGUGCAAAUCCAAGAGCAUAUAGGCCCCAAGAAUUUGCCGGCCUCUCUCCAGUCUUUAGUCGCUGCUGAAAAAAGAAACAAUGAGAGAAUAAAAUUGAGCCAAGCUCUCAAGUUCCUGUCUUGUAAUAACAGUAAGAAGGAAGAAGAAGAGGAAGAAGAAAUGGAGAAAGGGGUACAAAGAUGGAUAGUUGACAUAUCAAAGUGGGACCCAUCUCCCCAUGAGUUCUCUCUUGCACUUUUUCUUCUUCCUCAACAUCACCACUCCUCCAUCACCAGAUUUGUGAAGAUGGAAGAUAGAAAACGGGCACUUGUGAGCCGGUUGCUUCAAUAUGCUCUCAUACUUGAAGUAUUGGGAAUUCCAUAUGAUGAAAUUGUCAUAAAGCGUACACUGGAGGGGAAACCAUACCUAGAAUGUGCUAAAGUUUACUCAGAAUUUCCAAACUUUAAUUUCAACGUAUCUCAUCAUGGCGAUUUUGUGGCAAUUGCAUCUGAGCCUGUAUGCAUUGUGGGAGUGGACGUUGUUUGUUGUGUCGAACCCCAGAAUGAGACUAUUACAGAAUUCAUUCACAGUUUUAAUUCUUACUUUUCAAGUUUGGAAUGGAAUACUAUAAUCAAUUCUGGCACCUCUGAUGAAAUUUUGGUCGAGUUUUACAGAUAUUGGUGUCUCAAAGAAGCAUUUGUCAAAGCUAGAGGGAGUGGACUGGUGAAUGGAUUGAACAAAGUAGAGUUUCAUCACACCAACUGGACAAACAUAUUUGUUAAAAUUGAUGGGAAGCCUGUGAAAGAAUGGAGGUUUUGGCUUUUUGAGCUGCAAAAUAGACAUUUGGUGUCUGUUGCAAAGGGUCAUCCAAAAGAAGCUGUUGAUAGUUACAAGAGAACCAUAAGCCAAUUGGACUUUGAUGAAGUGGAGUACCACAAGGGUCUUUAUCUUCCCAGUGUAAGAUUUGUUGAGCGAACCAUAGAACAACUCAUCCAAUUUUCACAUGGUGCAGUUAAUAUACUCAAGCAAAAGAUUAAAAGUUAGCUGCAGAUGAACGGAGGACGCAGAGGCCCAGGAUAAUCAUACUGUUCCAUAUCAAGAACGAGCGGUUGAUCCCACAAUAGUAAUGGGCGAAAAACUCGUGUUUAUGUUACAGUGGAGCUAUGAAAUCCUCGCAACAUUAACUUUGAGACUGCAGCAGCAGAUUGCAAAUGUGCAAUAUAUGGUGUGAUAUCAAUGUAUCUCUUUAACUAGAAAGAUUAGAGAACAUGGAGUUGUUUAUUUCAACAUUGCUUUUCUAGCAAUGUUGACAGGAAUGAACUGUGGGAAUAGGCAUAUCAACUACAUAAGCUGCUUUUAGCUGUGGUGUAUUCGAAUCAAAUCAGAUGAUUCCAAGUCAAAUUAAAUGCUACAUAGAUACAUACGAAUUCAAGAAUAAACUUAGACCAACAGAUGAAGAAGGGUCCUUCGAUGUA